ACAAGCCGUCAAGCAAUAAACUGUCGUUGAUGUCCGCCGGUGUUGGCGAGUUGGCGGUUGAUGUUGAAUAACGUAACUGGUUUCGGUAGUUCGUUUUAAAUUCUGCUUUUCGGAUAGCUUCCAUCAUGUCCUGGAUGACUGGACAAACACCGUGUUUAACAAGCCGAUGGGAUCAGCCCGCUCCACCCAAACAGAAUGUUGAUGUACGGCCCCAGACACCUGUUGGAAACAGCGCACCUCAAUCAGCCGCCUACACUGACCCUACCAGACGACCGUCCAAGUCGGCACAUGAAGGGGACACGACGGUAACCCCUGGAGGAGUGGAGAUGGCUGCAGCCAUGGCAGCCAAAAUCAAUGCCAUGUUGAUGGCAAAGGGAAAGCUGUUGACUCCCCCACCAUUGCUUGCAAAGACCCCAAUCAGUGUAUCGGUGCCUACAAGCAUAGAAGAGACGGUGGUUACAGAGGUGGACAUAAAUGAUGUACCUAUAAACUGCAGGGACCUCCUCACGAAAGGAAAAACCCAGGAAGAGAUCCGCCUCAUCAGUGGAGCGGUAGUGUCCACAAAAGGCCGCUACAUGAGCGAUGCCUUCAGAGGGAAAGGAGCAGAAAGGCCUUUGUAUUUGCACGUCCAGGGGAAGAACCAGGAGCAGGUCAAUAAGGCGGUGUUGAGAAUAAAGGAGAUCAUCUCUGAAGACGUGCUGCGGUCGGCCUUGUCCGGUGGGAGGCAGGUCCCCGUGUUCCCCCCUCUGACCCUGUACCCCCAGCCCCCCCGGGCUGCCGGCCCCCCAGCCAUGCCGCGCCUCUCCAACCCGGCCUCGGCUCAGGGACACCGCCCCGCAGCGCCGCAUUCAGGGAGUUUCGUACACACAAAGAUCUUUGUGGGUCUGGACCAAGCGUUACCUUCUUUCAAUGUGAACGACAAGGUGGAGGGGCCAGGGGGCACGUACCUGGGUCACAUUCAGACGGAGACCGGAGCUCGGGUCUUUCUCCGGGGGAAGACUUCCGGCUACAUCGAACAAGCGUCCAAGCGAGAGUCCUUCGAACCACUUUAUGUUUACAUCAGCCACCCGAAUUCGACUGGAUUGGAAGCGGCAAAAAAACUGACUGAGAGUCUGCUGGAAACUGUGAGAGCGGAGCACUCCUGCAUGGUGUCCAACUACACAGCCACUGGCUCCACCCAACCAUACGCAGCACAAGGAUUUCCACCUAAUAGCAAUUACUCUAGCCAGGGGUCCUGGUAUAGCUACCCAGCGAAUGGGUAUGCUGGCGGCUACACAGCGUACCCAGGAGCCGCUGGUUAUUGGAGUAAUUCAAAUGGUCCCCCAAGUCAUUCUAACCUGUCGACAAACCCUCAAUCUUCUCAGGCUAUGGUUCAGUAUCCAGUGUGUCCUAGGAAACCACACCCCUAUCUGGUCCAGGACCGCGUGAGCAGUGACAUCAGGGAGCCAGAGGGCUUCACAGGCAGCCCCCCCACCCCUGGGAGCCCCAAGCGCCACUUCCAAGAGGAGAGCCAGGUUGGAGAGCCUACCGGCGGCCCCGCAGAUGCCCCUGCCCAUUUGGAGCCUCCCCCCCCUGCCUCCAACGAUGGGGAGGAGAUGGGAGCGGAGAGGGUUCUGAUGCCGCCCCCGCCACCCCUGUUUGCCGCUCCCUUGCCCAUCGCCCGCAAGAGGCCGAGGGAGGUGCCCGCCCGCCCCGCUCCGCCCAGCGCACCGCCCGUAGGUGUUGCUGAGCAGUGUGUGAAGAAGUGUCGGGUGGUUGAGGAUUCAUCCGGGCUAGUGCCCUACGGAGGAGACUCCUCCGAUGAGGAAGAGGAGAGGACACACAGCAGUUCAUAAGCCCCUGUCCCCAUAGAACAGGAAGACUACGAGUUGAGACCAGAGCCUCUGAUCUACUGCAGCUCAGCCCUCCUAAGAGGUGACAGGAAAUCAAGAGACCCCUGAGGGAAACGCCUUCAUUACGACUUCCAGAUUUUGAAGAUCGCAUUUUUUUUUUAAUUUUCACAAACAUUGUCGUCCAAGAAGUCAAUAGUUGCUGAUGAUGAGCUAUACAUAUUGUACGAUUCAGUAGAACUUUUUUCAUAUCUUGGAAAAUGAAAUGCCUGUUCCCAUGGAAUACUGUAAUAAUAAAGGAAGAAAAAAGGUCUGUAAUAAUCAAA